AUGCAAGGUUACUCUUUGGACUUCGAUCUACGUUCAGCUGUGCACUUCGAUCUACGUUCAGCUGUGCACUUCGAUCUACGUUCAGCUGUGCACUUCGAUCUACGUUCAGCUGUGCACUUCGAUCUACGUUCAGCUUUGCACUUCGAUCUACGUUCAGCUGUGCACUUCAAUCUACGUUCAGCUGUGCACUUCGAUCUACGUUCAGCUGUGCACUUCGAUCUACGUUCAGCUGUGCACUGCGAUCUACGUUCAGCUGUGCACUUCGAUCUACGUUCAGCUGUGGACUUCGAUCUACGUUCAGCUGUGCACUUCGAUCUACGUUCAGCUGUGCACUGCGAUCUACUUUCAGCUGUGGACUUCGAUGUACGUUCAGCUGUGGACUUUAAUUGGCUGUAA